AACCAGCAGAAAGGCAUACUGUGUUAUCUGGCGGAAAGGUGUCUCUUCCCUGCGACAUUAUAUCUCCAAUGAUAGGCGACGAGGUGUAUCUGGUGUUGUGGUAUAAAGGAGAGAUAGCGACUCCCAUCUAUAGCUUCGAUGCCCGAAGGGGACAUUUAGGACAGGCCAGGCAUUCAUCAAGCGACUUGUUAUCUCGAAGAGCCUAUUUUAACACCAUACCCCGACCUGCCGUUCUAGAGAUAUCACCUGUUGGACCAGAGGACGAAGGAGAUUAUCGAUGCAGAGUGGAUUUUAGAAAGGCGCAAACUAGGAACUACCAAAUAGCUGUUAAAGUUCUUGUGCCUCCAGGAAAACCAGAGAUUAAAGAUAGCCUCGGACGAAGUGUGCAAGGUGUAAUUCGCACCUACAAUGAAGGAGACACUUUGUAUCUAUUGUGUGAGAGUCAAGGAGGUAAGCCACCACCAGUACUUACAUGGUGGAGAGGUCCAGCUCUUAUAGAUGACACUUACGAAGUAACAUCUGCAUCUCAUACCGUUCGAAACGAGCUUCAGCUCGAGAGCUUAAGUAGACGGGAUCUGAUGGCGGAGUUUACUUGCCAAGCAUCAAACAAUAAUGUAUCAGCUCCCGUUAAAACAUCAGUAUCUCUAGAUUUAAACUUUAAACCAUUAUUGGUGAAGAUUAGUGGACCUCGUCACCCAUUUUCUGCAGGAGAACGAGUGCAGCUGAAAUGUAGCAGUCAAGGAUCACGUCCUCCAGCAGUUAUCACCUGGAAAAAAGCGGGCUCUAAUUUCAAAAAUCCUCAGGAAGAAGUAGUGACUGGAGGAAAUGCAACCAUCAGUGUUUUCACUUUUACACCAACAUCUGAAGACCAUGGGCAUUAUGUUACAUGUAGAGCAGAGAAUCCACUAAUUCCUGGUAGUGGUAUCGAAGAUGGUUGGAAAUUAGAAGUGCAUUUCGUUCCUCAACUAAAUCUACGAUUAGGGAGCAAGUUACGCCAUUCAAACAUUUUGGAGGGUAAUGACGUUUACUUCGAAUGCAACAUACGGGCAUCUCCAUGGGUGCAUGAAACCGGAUGGCGAUUUGAAGGGCAGGAACUGGUGACUAAUAUUUCAGCUGGAGUAAUUGUUAGCAACCAAUCUCUUGUAUUGCAGAAAGUACAACGAAGGAACAGAGGAAGAUACAGUUGCACAGCAACUAACAGUGAAGGACAAGGAGAAAGCAACCACGUUUAUCUAAGAGUUCAGUUUGCUCCAGUGUGCAAAAGUGGUCAACAGACUGUGUACGGUGCAAUGUUACAUUUCCCAGUAGAAAUUUCUUGCGAAGUAGAAGCUGAUCCUGAUGAAGUCACAUUUCGCUGGGAAUUCAAUAGUUCCUUCGGUACUCUGGAAUUAGUUCCCACUCUGACAACCGGACGGAAGAGUGUUGUCCACUACAUUCCUAGAUCAGAACAAGACUAUGGGACCUUGUCCUGCUGGGGUCGGAACAGAGUUGGGCUCCAGAGGAUUCCCUGCCUCUUCGUUGUGCUUCCCGCAGGUAUUGGCUGGUGCGUUACAUUUGUAAAAAAAAAAAAAAAAAAAAAAAAAGUGGUAAAUAAGGGGCAUAUCUGCAUAUGGUUGCAAGUAUAUUCCAACUAAACUAAGA